GCACAGAUCUGCGUUGUAACAUUGGGGCCUCCAGCUGUUUAUGAUGGAAAACCUCCGCUGCUUUGCAAACCGCUUCUCUGACUACAGCGGUGCGCUGCUGCCGGGCCAGGGUGCGCAGGCCGUGGUGCCAGCCGUCAUCGCCACCGUGGACAAGAUCCUGAAGAAGGUCCCCAUCGACAUCAGCGACUGCGACGGAGGGCUGUACGACGGGCCGGCCGGGGUGGCUUACAUGCUGUAUCAUGUCAGCGAGUGUCCGCUGUUCUCCGAGCAGCGGGACGUGUACCUGAAGGCGGCCAAGCAGAUCAUCGACGUGUCGGUCAGAUAUGUGGACGCGGAGCCGGACACAAACAUGCGCGCCGCCUUCCUGCUCGGCGGGGCGGGCAUCUACGCGGUGGCCGCUAUGAUCUAUAAGUCUCUGGGUCUGGCUGAUUUCGUUAAGCCGCUCACCAAAUUUCGUAACCUGUGGGAGGUGUGUGCGCCCAUCAAUUUUCUGGAGUGCGGCUCGGAUGAGCUGUUCGUGGGGAGGGCUGGGUACCUGUGUGCCGCCCUGGUCCUCAAACAGAAGCUGGGGAUAGAGAUUCUGAGCAAGGAUCAAAUCAAAUCAAUCUGUCAGGCCAUAAUUGAGUCUGGAAAACAAUAUGCCAGGAGGAAGAGGAAGCCUUUCCCCCUCAUGUACUCGUACUAUGGAACUGAGUAUCUUGGUGCAGCCCACGGCCUCUCAUCCGUGCUGCAGAUGCUGUUGAGCUACCAGGACGUGCUCAGUGCGGCAGAGAAGGACCUGGUGUGGCAGAGCGUUGAUUUCCUCAUGAACCAGGAGCAGAACUGUAACUGGCCCGCUGAGCUGGGCGCCAUCAUCCAGAGGGAGAACGAGCUGGUGCACUGGUGCCACGGAGCCCCAGGUGUGGCGUAUCUUUUUGCCAAAGCCUACCUGAUCCAUAAGAAGCCCCAGUAUCUAGACACUUGUAUCCGUAGUGGGGAGCUCGUGUGGCAGAAGGGUCUGCUGAAGAAGGGACCUGGGAUUUGUCACGGAGUUGCAGGCAGCGCUUACGUCUUCCUCCUGCUUUAUCGGCUCACAGGCAACUCCAAGUACAUGUACCGUGCUCAGAGGUUUGCUGAGUUCAUCUUCACUGAGGAGUUUAAGACAGGCUCCCACUCAGUGACGAGUGUCUACAGUCUGUUUGAAGGCCUGUCGGGGACUGUUUGUUUCCUGGUCGACCUCCUGCAGCCAGACCAGUCGGAGUUCCCGCUGUUCAGCAUCUUUGUGUGAAUGGACCCUGGCUUACCGCUGCUCACUGACCUGAACAGACACCUUUCCUUCCCUCUGAUCCCUCAAGAGCUGGUAUUGGUAGAAGCAUUAAGAGCCUGGAUUUAGACUGAGAUUGGAGUGGGAGUGGAGGGAUGGAUGGUAUUGUUUGGGGAUUUAGAAAAUCACAUUUGAGUACAGCUGAAAAUGGUCUUGUUUUGUGUCUAUACUACAAGUGGAUGAUCAGCUUCCAGGCUUUACCAGAUUCACACCACUCACUGUAACGUCACCCUUUUCAAUUUACAAUGAAGGCUACUACUAAAGCAAGGGUUUUUAAACUGCAGGGCGAAGAUACUGCCUGACACUUCUUCCUAACGUACAGCACACGAGCAAACUCUGGUGGAUGGAAAACAAAAUAUUGUCCAUUAUCACUGUGAUGUCCAUCCCAAAUGAAUAUCCAUAAAUCUUAGCGCACCUUAUAACUUAUAGAUAGGCUAAAUCCAUGUCUGCACUGGCAACAGGAACUGCUAAUAGGUUAUUCAGCAUAUUUGUAAUGUUGCUGAUUUGGCAGAGACAAAGUAGUUGUCAUGAUUUUGCCUUGCAGACUUUGAAAACCCCUGUGAUUAAGUACUGACGGUUUUGAAAAGAGGUAAUGCUGCUGAUGUUGAUUGAAAUUGCAGCAUAUGAAGAUGUAGAAGAUGCUGCCCUCAGGACAGAAACACACACAUACAAUUGUCCUCCUCCAACAAAAGGACCCCAUAGGUCGUUUGUACAAGCAACUUGUUACGGCAAUGGAUGUAUUGUUAGAUCUGGAUACUGGACCCUAAGAUGGCGUCUAUUCAGUCUAAAGAGAACUGCUUGCCUGGCGCAUAAAGUUUUUAGCUUGGGUUUACAGUAUGCACUCCACUGAAUAUUUGCAGUAGUGUUUCUCCUGCUGGCUCCAACUGCGACUUCCAGCUAGGCUCAUAGACUUUACAUUGUGAUGACAUCACAGAUUUUUUAAUCACUUUUCUCAGCUUGAGGAAACUUUCACAAAUAUAAAUCCUCCAGAAAUAAUAAUAAAAAGAGUCAUAAUUUGAGGUGUCCUGUCAACAGUUUUACAGAUGUCUCUUUUAUAAUGGUGGUCUAUGGGGAAAAUGCGUUUUGGGCUGCAGGGGAAUUUUUUUCGCUGCAAUAUGCCACUGGAAAAAUUGGAAGCAAGGCUGAGUGGCAAAUCCGUGGCUUGAUUACAGUCUGUACUUAGGUUUAUGGUUAGGCAGUGACCUCUAAUAGUAAUUAUGAUGGGAGCCAAGGAGGAAUUCAGGUGACGUAGUAUUAAGAGCAGCAAAAUACAUUAAGACAAUGAGGAGGUCGCGGAUGAUGGAUGAGUCAAUCCAACACAGGACUUUGACCCAGGAGUUCACUGCUUGUGUCCCAUGUGAAACCAAAAGUUAAUUCUGAACUAUCUUAAGUUAUGUUUGGCACAUGACAUAUGCAACAAAGAUAGGCUAAUCCAAACCAUGACCUUUUCUUAAACCUAACCAUGUAGUUUUAUUUCCUAAAGGUACGGUCACAAACGAGCAAAUGCAGGCAAGUUAUCAUCACUUGCUGAGGCGAUAUGUGUGCUGAAUGUGGACAGUGCCAGAUGUGACUUGCAAGCUAAUACUAGCUAGCUUGCGAAUAGAUACUAUGAAAUAUGAUGUUAUUGGUACAUUGACCAAUUUCUUAUGUUUCGUGCCUGUGUCCUGACUCACUGCCAGCUAGGCAGCAUCUCUCGUAUUGGGCAGUUUACAUGUUAGACUUGGCAACAAUCACUGUCUCCUCCACAGGAAGGCUUUGAUUUCGUUGGUCAAAGUUUACCAAAGUUGAAUAUGCAAAUUUGCUUUGCCACCGGAAGCAGAUGUUUUAUUUGCCCCUCUGCUUGCAUUGAAUGCAACGGAAGGUGAAUAUUUACCCUUGUUAAUUUUGCUUAUAUGUGACUGUACCCUGAACUUUAUCGUUACCGUUCCACAACAUCUACCACCUGCAAACUGCAGCCAUUAAUGGUCAUUUAUGUUGUGUUUGUGUUGAUCCGCUGAUCCGUUGAGGCGCUGAUUUACAAAACGCUCCUGUGUGUCGUAUCAAAGGAUAGGAACAAACAAUCUAUGUGGCUUUAUUGGUUGGAGGACUUGUCGCAACCAUUGACAGCUUAAAUAAACGGCGAUCACAACCAAAAGAAAAAACAGAAAACAGAAAAUCUGGUGUCACAUAAUGCCUUUAAAUAUUUUUCUAUCACGUCACCAGCUCGGCGUCACAUAUCAUAGAACUUUGAAUUUAUGUCUUUAGGGUAGGCCUACGCAAUCUCUCAAAUUACUGUUUUCACAACCUUUAACGUUGAAUAUAACGGAAGGAUUUUGAUACUGAACUUGGGUAGUGAGGUACAACCAACAGAUGCUGUUGACAACAACUGUAGAUUAUUGUCCUUUUAAUAGUCUCACUUUCUUUGAGCUGCGCAGUAUGACUUGCAAUAAACUGUGUUAGUUACUGUAUGUGAUCUGUUAUGACUUUUAGUAUGUUAGAGUGCAGGUUUGUGAGCCUGUAAAAAUGUCGUCAGUGUGAGAAUUUAAUUUCUUUUCCGAUGCAAUCUGUUCAAGACGCUCCUCAGUUGUGUAAAUUACAGUGGACUGAGGAUUUCUUUAUGUAAAUGUGAUAAUGAGGCCUUAAAACAAAUUUCUAGCAUUUGGAUAUGAUCCCAUCUCUCAGAGUGAAAAAGGAUUGACGAUAUUGGAAACUGAAAAAUGCUUUGGGCAGCGUUUUGGACAUCAUCAUGGCUUAAGUUGGUAAAAGUGGCUGUGAAUAAUCGCAAACCAAAGUAGUUUCCUGAUGCUAACUGAGCAUGUUGUGGAACAUUUAUAAGCCGUGUAUGUGUGUGUGUGCUGUUUUUUGCAUUUGCAAUCCAAGCUUUCCACAACCAAGUCUAAAGGCUUAUUGUCAUUAAUAAAGUGUCUGGAUGAAAACAAAUUAAGGGGUUUUCUUUUCUGAAAAUGUAACAU